ACGUACAGCUUCUGGGCAGUCGGGAUCGGACCACUCAGUCCAUUCCGACCGUGAAGCCGCCCAUCGACCUCGCCUUCAAGAUCGGGGCCCUGAUCCUGCCGUCCGUGACCUUGAACCGCGUCGUGGCCCCCGUGCUCGUCCUUACCUACCCGAAUACGAG